AUGUCUUUGCGGCUGACCGACACUCAACGUGAAGCCCUACGAGAAGCUGCAGAUUCCUUCAUCCAGGGGCUGGAGGAUGUAGAGGACAGGCUUUGGGACCUCGAGGCAGCUCAAGUCGCGUCUGUGCUCGGACAAGUGCUGGGAAAACUCGGCGAGGUACUCGGCUCCUUCAAGGAGAAGCUGCCGCAAAGUUCGGAGCAGCGUCGCAACUUUGCCAAGCAGUACAUCGAGUCCUGUGUGCAACUCCGCAACGACAGCAGCGCUGAACCGCUGGAGGACGACAUGUUGCAAUCGUCGUUGCUUGCGGAGAUGAGAGGCAUCAGGCAAAGAAUGAGGAACCGGAUGGCAGAGGAGUGGACGGAGGAGACGCAGAGAUCGGCGGAGGAGGACUUUGUGCGGCAGAUGAUGGUGCUAGAGACGAUCAUCGAAGAGUUGAAAGAGACCAUCACCUCGAUCGACGAGGAGGACCUCGUCCAGAUGGCCCAGUUUGGUAUCUCGUUUGCUCGUUAUGUGACCACCACCGCUCGAAAGACUCUAGAGCGGACGGCGGAGAUGGCGCUGGAUCAGAAUGGUGGAAACAUACAAAUCUCUGAUCGCUUUGAGAUGAUCGAAGAGGAGGGCGAUCGGCAGCGAUCUAGUCAGGGUCGGUCAGCGAUGGCGAGUACUGCAGAGACCGAGCAAGCGGAGGACAGAGAUCAGAGCUCUCGCAAGCACAAGAGGAGGAGAAAAUCUAGAGCUCGGAGAUGUGGAAGGAUUCGCUUGAUCUGGCCUCCUGUGCGUGCCCAAGUGGUGCAGAGUUUCGUCCCGAUGUAUCAGCGAGCAUUGGUACCCGAAAGUCACGAUCCCUUGAGCUUUGCAGUGAUGUGGCUUGCCUUGAUGUGCUUUAUACCUCUCCUCUUGCUAGCGGUGCUUUCAGUGCCGCUGCUGGUCAUGGACGAGAUCCUUCAGGCGCUCUACAACAAGCUGAGCGGGCAGCUGUCAAUCAUCGCGGAGGGCGAGGAGGUCAUGUUUGCCCUGUGGAACGUAGGAAACGCUUGGUACAUGCUGGGCAAGAUCACAGUGAAGCAAUCAUAUAGGCUGUUCAAGCGGCAGUGGGACAGGGCAAGAAAAAGUCCCAACGGCACUGCUGAGUUCAUCAAAAGCUGUUUUGAGCUUGUCGCGAGGAAGGCGUCAGAGGCAGCCAUCACCAUCAUCAGAGACCCUCUCGCUCCAGUUCGUCUGACCAGAGGCUUUGCUGAGACGCUAUGGAGCCAAGUGCAGAGCUACCGCUCAUCGUUCCAUUGA